AUGGCAGAAAUAUAUUUGGUGACAGGGAAUGAAAACAAAAGGAUUGAAUUUUCUCAAAUGAUGAAUGAUGAAAUAAAAAUUCAAUUUGUCGAUAUAGAUUUAGUUGAGAUUCAAUCAAAUGACAUUAUCGAAAUAAAUGAAGAGAAAGCAAAAGCUGCAUAUGAAAUAUUAAAAAAAAAAAAUUUGGAAACAAACAAAAAAAUAAUUAUCAUAACUGAUGAUACAGGCCUAUAUAUGGAUUGCUUUAACGGAUUUCCAGGACCUUAUAUAAAAUGGAUGCAAAAGGCUUUAGGGUGUAAAGGAAUUGCAGAAGCGGUCCUUAAGCUUGGAAAUCCUAAAUGUCAAGCUGUUUGUGUUUAUUCAACAUAUGAUGGCGAAAAUGUGAAAUCAUUCAAAGGAACUACUCAAGGAUCUAUUGUUAGUCCUAAAGGAGGCGAUGGUUUUGGCUGGGAUAAAAUUUUUAUGCCCGAAAAUUUAGAUAAAACAUUUGGUGAAAUGAGUUUUGAAGAUAAGAAAAAUUACUCUCCUCGUUUUAAGGCAUUUUACAAAUUAAAGGAAUUUUUAUUUGAAAAACUAAAACAGAACAUAUAA